GCCAUGAUAAGAGCCUGGAAUACUCUAAAUAUUCUCUAUUGUGCUCACAAAAAUUCAGUGAUUAGUAAACAGUUGAAUAAUCAGCAUUUAGUAGGAGUAAAAAAAUGUCAACAGACAAUUCAUUGACACAACCACAAAUGGGGUUUGUGGGUGCACCUACAUCCAACAAUCCACCAUAUCCACCAGGAAACAAUCUCCACUAUCCAGCACCAGAUAUGCCACCUUUACCAGUUAAUAAUAAUCCAAUGCCAUCCACGAGCACUGCCUUAUAUCCACCGAAUCAUCAAUACCCACAAAGUGCUCCUUAUGCACCUCAUGUACCAAUUCCACCUAAUGUUCACACAUCUCAACCAACUGCAAAUACAGUAAUUAUACAGGAACAAAAAUUGUCAUCAGAUCCAGUAACUCAAUACUGUCCAAAUUGUAAGGAAAUAAUCACUACAAAUGUUAAAUACAAAUCAGGAACGAGAACUCAUGGUGCUGCAUUAUUUCUUUGCGCAUUGGAUCAAGAUUGCUGUGCUUUAUUACCAUAUUGUUGCGAUGCUGCUAAAGAUGCUCAUCAUAGUUGUCCAAAAUGCAAACAUUAUUUCGGAAAAUAUGAACCACGACUGUAAAGAAGCUUUAAUUUGCUAUAAAUUGAUACUCAAAUCAUGUCUACUGAUUUAAAAGAACCAAAAAAAAUUAUACAAGAACAAUCAAGUCAGUAAACAACUGUAAUAACUUCACUCAAGCCAUUGUUAAACUAAAUGCUGUAAUAAAUGCCCAAAAAGGAGUGUAAACAUUUAAAUUAAUUGUUAAAUCCAUGCACAGUGUCAACUAAUGAGUGAAACAAUUUAACAUUUUAUAUUUUUUGGUCAUACGAAUAAUUUAA